CACUGAGGGCAUGGAGAGCGGCUUCGGCUCCGACUUCGGCUCCGGGGGCGGCGGCGGGGGGAAGCUGGACCCGGGGCUCAUCAUGGAGCAGGUGAAGGUGCAGAUCGCCGUGGCCAACGCGCAGGAGCUCUUGCAGCGCAUGACGGACAAGUGCUUUCGGAAGUGCAUCGGGAAGCCCGGCGGCUCCCUGGACAACUCGGAGCAGAAGUGCAUCGCCAUGUGCAUGGACCGGUACAUGGACUCCUGGAACACGGUUUCCCGAGCCUACAAUUCCCGGCUGCAGCGGGAGAGAGCCAACAUGUGAUGAUGCGUUCCGGGCCAGGAGGGACCAUGUGGGGAAGGGACGAGCGGCCAGUCCAGGUGGUUGGGGGUGAAUCCUGCUGCCUUCCCAGCCCCUGCCGUGGCAGAGCAAUAAACCCUCGCUAAACCUUUUGCAUCCAUUGGCCUUUAUUAGCACCAGCCCCAGGAGCGAGUGAUUUUUUUUCCAGCCUUGAGAGCCACCAUGAGCUGCUUGAUUUACUUCUUGCCCUUCCCAACCGUCCAGACUGGCCAAGGCAUUAUAGCACUUGAUAAAUCCCUGCUGAAAGGGCUGCGAGAGGCAAGGAGCCUUCUGUGGAAAAGAGGGGCCAAGCCAAGCCAGCAACACAGUCCCUUUGCCCGGGAUUCCAGCAUGGACCCAGCCAUCAGGUAGUUACCCAGUCCUUUUUCAUCAGUAGAAAGCUGCCAUAAUAUUCUCCACAUGCCACCUGGACUCUUUCUUCCCUUGUAUCUGUGUAUCUCUGUGUGGGGCUCACUUUGGGCUCAUAGGCUUUGACUUAGCACAAGCACAGUGUUGGGGAACGAGUUGCAGCACAGCCUUGCAAAUAGUUGUGCCAGCACAGCUGGGGGGAUGGACAGGGUUGGGAAGUGGAUGGCUUAAUUUCUUUACAGAAUAAAGUACUCGGGUUCAUUUCUUUAUAGAAUAAAAUGCGUUGUGUUGCUGUGAUA